CAGAGACAUGAGGGAAGUUUCACGCUUGAUCUUGUUCGGCCAAAAUAAAUAACAAGCGCGCGGAAACGACGCCGGGGAUCGCGGGGGCCAAGAAACGUCUGGAUUAUAUUUCACCAAGCUGAUUCCAGUCGGUCUUCAAAUGAGCAACAGCAGAUGAACUUGAUGAGGUCCAGUCAGAUGAAGAAAGAGGAGUGACCACUUCAUCCUCCUCUUGUUGCACUCCAUCUAGGGGCCAGUGAGGCUGAAGAGGCGUCCUUCAGCCCGCCUCAUUUUGUCACCAUUUCGUCUCUGAGUUGGUCCCCCAAAAGUGUUUCAAAACUGUUUCUCCAACGCGUCUUCCAGAAACUCAGACUGUUUUCCAAAGCAGAAGCAGCACAGCCCUCCCAGACUGAGGUGAUGGGAAGCGUGCGAGCCAGCCGCUACAGCAUUGUGUCAUCAGAGGAGGACGGCAUGAAGCUUGCCACUAUGGCAGUACCCAAUGGCUACAGCAAUGGCAAGAGCAAGGUGCACACGAGGCACCAGCCGCAGAGCAGAUUUGUAAAGAAAGACGGUCACUGCAAUGUGCAGUUCAUCAACGUGAGCGAGAAAGGUCAGCGGUACUUGGCUGACAUCUUCACUACAUGCGUGGACAUCCGCUGGAGGUGGAUGUUCAUCAUCUUCUGCCUAGCCUUUCUCCUGUCGUGGCUGUUCUUCGGCUGCGUCUUCUGGCUGGUGGCCAUCUUCCAUGGGGACUUAGAGAGUGACACCCAGAAGUGUGUCUCCAACGUGAGCAGCUUCACCGCUGCCUUCCUGUUCUCCAUUGAGACUCAAACAACUAUUGGUUACGGCUACAGAUAUGUGACAGACGAGUGCCCUGUUGCUGUCUUCAUGGUGGUUUUCCAAAGCAUUGUGGGCUGCAUUAUUGAUGCUUUCAUAAUUGGUGCCGUCAUGGCAAAAAUGGCAAAGCCCAAGAAGAGGAACGAAACUUUGGUUUUCAGCCAUAAUGCCACGGUGGCCAUGAGGGACAACAAGCUCUGCCUGAUGUGGCGUGUGGGCAAUUUAAGGAAGAGCCACCUGGUAGAGGCGCAUGUGCGGGCGCAACUUCUGAAAUCCCGGACGACAGCGGAGGGAGAGUACAUCCCCCUUGACCAGAUGGACAUAGAUGUGGGCUUUGACAGCGGAGUCGACCGCAUCUUCCUGGUCUCCCCAAUCACCAUCGUCCACGAGAUUGACGAGGACAGCCCCUUCUACGAUAUGAGCAAACAGGACCUGGAGAACUCCGAAUUUGAAAUCGUGGUCAUCCUUGAGGGAAUGGUCGAGGCGACAGCCAUGACCACACAGUGCCGCAGCUCCUACGUCGCAAGCGAGAUCCUCUGGGGCCACCGAUUCGAGCCUGUGCUCUUUGAGGAGAAAAACUACUACAAGGUGGACUACUCCCGCUUCCAUAAGACAUACGAGGUGCCAAGCACCCCUCUGUGCAGCGCCAGAGACCUCGCAGAGAAAAAAUACAUUCUCUCAAACUCCAACUCCUUCUGCUACGAAAACGAGAUGGCGCUGGAGAACAAAGAGGACACGGACGAGGGGAACGGGGGCAGUGUUGGGCCUGACGGCACCCAGACAGACAACAUCUCAGAGACUGAACACAGCCAAGCCACGGUGCCGCUAGAGCCUCGGCCUCUGAGACGAGAAUCAGAAAUAUGACUGGUCAGACCUCAAACCUCACUUGAGAGAUUUUUUUUAAAAUCACCUCUCUACUCCAAAAGGCACAACGAGCCGAGCUGGGCCUUGGGUAGAGGAGAAGCCGAACGGUACUGCUGUGGGAAGCGGCAAGGUUUAAGACUUUGUAUGUAAGAGUCUGAACAUUGACUACAUACAGUAUGACAAAACACAGCACUACAAACCAUGUGCAUAUUGCAGGAUGAAUUCUCCAUGAAGUCCCCAUGAAUGUGUGCUCAGUUUCUGGUGACUGCAAGACGACAGAGAGGACGGAAGUUGAGAUGACUUGAAAAAAAUGCAGGCAUGUCUCCGUUUCUCUGUCCAGCAAGAACAUUGUGCUUUUAGAAAGGUGGAUUUCUAUUUUUUUAUAGAUUAUGUUCUCUAGUGCUGCUAGAAGUUAGUGGAAGUUAAACAAAAAGCCCUUGUAGAUGCUUUCAUUUUGACACACUAGAACCAAAGAGUACAUGAAAAGUAGAUGUCUGGAACAAAGAAGGUACAGGUAGAGUAUUUGUUCAUGAGCUGGUCUCAUAGCAGGCAUCCCACAAGUCUAAAUAAAUUGCACCAAAAACCUUCUGUCUGCAAGAAAGGUUGAACUUUACAGCACUGAAUUUCUGAUCUUCUGCUUGAUCCUUUGCAGUUGUUGAUCUGAGAAACUGUUCGUUGCUGGUCAGACAGAUAGAAACAUGCCUGCUCACGUCAAGAGAAAGAGCAGGGUAGUAUUAACAGCAUCAAACUGACAGAAAUCAUUAAUUUGAACCGAGACCGGGGUAAUAUGAGAAUCUGAAUGUUCUUAAAAGUGCUGCUAUGAUGUUGCUUCUUUUCUUUUUUUUUUUUUUUCUUCAUGGUUGAUAAAAAUGCCAAAGAGUAUUAUUAUCAUAGUUAUGUGUUUCUUAAAAACAACACCUGAUUAGAUUUGGUACAGAGAAGUAGAACGUUUAGGGAGUUUUAAUGAGGUUUGUUUUUCAAGAACGUGUGUACAGUUUAUCAUUUUUUGUUAAUGUUGAUCAUCCUUAUCUUGAGCCACUUCAUCAAGCCUUAAUCUGAAAAGUCAAAAAUGGGGAAAGUGACGAUGUAUAAAUGUCAAAGACUCAUGACAUCUCUGGUGUUUGCUGCAUCAAAACAUUAAUUUGGAUAGUGCUCUACUGAUGUUUGGAAGGUUUUCGGUGUCAGCUUGAACCAAGAAGUUGAUUUUUUUUUUUUUUUUUUUUUUUUUUAAAAGCCAAGUCUACUUUAAAGGUUUAAAAAUAUGAUUUGGUUUGUGAUGGAAUAACUUCUUUGCAAAGAAAUCUACAUCUCCUCUCUAAUGUCUGAAUCGGAUACAGUGUUAUGACUGGAGAUUGGAAAAAAAAAAAAAAUCAAAUCAAA